AUGAGUGGGGACGGAAGACGUGUGGUAUCUGGAUCCGUGGACGAGAGCGUGCGUGUGUGGGACGUGGAGAGAGGGAUCACACUUUACAUCGGGAGGGUAGAGGAUUUGGGAGAAAUCAAGAGUCGGUUCCUGACGACGCCAGAAUUGGGUACUGCUUCUCACGCCGGACGAAGAUCACAAAUAUUUUCAAAGGAGGGAGGAAUUAUUCAAAGGCGAGAGGAUGGGUCUGAGGCUGUCUUGGCACAGUUGGACAAUCCAGGAGACUUGCAGAUAGACCACGAUCACGGGGUCGCAGUAGCAAGGUUGGGUCAUCUAGUUGCUAUCAUGAAGCUAGUGGUGUAAAUUCGGAAAGCGAUGGACGCUUGGUGCCCGAGACAUCAGUACUGCGUUGCAACUGUGCGCGGUGGUACCCUUCAUACUGGCUUAAUUUGGAACACUUUCGAU